AGCUUUAGUCAAAUAAAAUCGCUAGAAAUGGCUUAAAUACUAAAAAAGAAUAAUGGAGUUACCGCAUAAUAAUUUUUAAUAUGUUUGAACAUUUAAAAGUAUCCCACCAAACUCACAUUUAUUGAAAAAUAUCAGUCAACGCACAUGCAGCUGCCUGCUUGAUCAAUCGCCAUUUAAAACACCUUUUAAGCGAUGACAUUUAGAUAGAACGUUGUUUACAGUUGCUUGGUUGUCUUUUCUAAACAAGAAGGAAUAGUAUCUUAUUCGUGUUAAGCAUGGAAAAAGCAUCCACAUCUCGAAAUCUUGAUAGAUUAUUUUUCCUCACAGCACUCUCCUUCUGUGAUUAAAAGUUUGAAAAAAAUAUACAACUGUAUACUGUAAUAAGGUUUUAACCACCGCGAGUGAGUGGACUAAUGUCUUUAAAGUUCAAGCGGGAAAUUUAAGAAAACACAUGGAGCGCACAUGUACAAAAAACAACACUACGAUAUAAAAAAACCCUUGUGUCUGGAGUUGAAAGAAGUAUGACUUCAUGUCGUCUUUGUUUGAAAGAAUAUAAAAACUGUAAGGAAAGUAGACAUCUCUUGUGGCCUAUGGAGUUGCAGAGGCUGCACAAAAUUGGCUUCCAACUCCUUAAUCGUGAUAUUGAUAGUGUUAAUAAUGACGACAGGAAAAAAAAGAGUGUGUAAAUGGAUCGGUGUGUGACAAGUGCUAUAGAGGAAUAGGAGUACUGGAGAAAGCAGAAGAACUCAGAUUGAGGUGGAAAAACUGUAGAUUUAAACGAAAAUGUAAAAUUGCUGACGAUCAGGUAAUUCAUGAGCGAUUUUUUUGUGUUAUUUUUUUCUUUGUAUCGUUGAUACUAUAUACACUAGUUUUUUUCAUAGAAUGCUUCAGAACUAGAUUCCUUAAAUAUCGUAGUUGAAAACGAGUGCAAACAGGAAAUGGCAAGAGUUGAGCGUGACAAUUUAAUGACAGACGUCUCUGUCGAUGCUUUAGUCAAUUUUAACGACGCGAAAUUCUUAGAGAGGAUGGAAGAACUUUGCCCAAUCCUGUCGGCUGCCAUAAGAGGUGUAGUAGCUGGAGGGAAAGGGUAAGAUCGAUGACUCUCCAAGAGAUACGGAGAGCAACAAAAUGUUACGAAUAUGUUCUAUACGCUUAAUAUUUUACAGGGUAUAUAUUGGACAACAAGUGGCGUGUUUCGGAAUCCUGUUCAAAGCAAGAGAUCAUAAAAGCAGAGCCUGUAUAGUCUCGCAUCGCAAUGACCAGCUGUUCAUUGCCGCUGGUGCUAAGAAGCGGGCGUUUAAAUGGUUCAAUGCCCUUGGUGUAACCAAUAGUUAUCAAACUGCAUUGAACAAAAACAAGAAAUUAGCCUGUAAUUAUGACCAAGACGUUAAAGGUUGGAAAAAUAUGAUAGAAUCCAAUGAUCCGGAGAGUGUUGGGUACCAGGUAAUACUUUUUUCUCUAGUAAUUCAGAAACGUUGCAUUUCAAAUAUAAGCUGCAUAUAUAUUGUAUGUUGGCAGAUUAUUGGCGAUAAUCUAGACUACGAAGUUAACGUCAGACACCAAGGAAUCAACAAUCCCAAUAGGAGUCAUCACUGGUUUCAUUACAUAGCUGUUAAAGAUCGCGUGCACCCCUCUCAAGAUCCUAAAAGUUUUGAAGAUUACAGGCGUGCAAGUGUUCUACCAGAUAACCACACGCUCGUGAUGUUGGCAGAUAAUUUCAAGCACUUGGUAACAAGAACUAUCGUAUCCUUCAUACCAGCGUUUGAAUCUUUCAAGAAACAUACGCAGAAACAUAUAGCACAUCCAUUCGUCGAUGAAAUGUCGAAAAAAUCAGAGGUUGUUAGUCUUGGACUGUUGUUGGAGUCGGAAAACACGGCAUCUGGAAUUACCAAGAUCUUACGUCAUAUACAGAAAGAAUAUGUGCCACAAACGAUAAACGAAAACGGAAAAUUGGAGGUCAGUAAAUUCAUAACAAAAUUAUAUGUUUGCCUCGCCGCAAGUUCCGAUAACAAGCUGGGUCAAAUCAACAUCCACAGUGGCACUGAGGGCAAGAAUAGGUAA